AGAAAAGGGCAUGAGGUAAAAAUAAAAGAAUUUAUAUGAUGAACUCCACCUCAGGAUCAUCCACAAUACGAGAUUUGGUGACACCAAAGAAUUGCAACUGGGAUUUUGAAUCAUUUAACCAACACCAUCAAGAAAAGCACACCAGCAAGCAGCCCGCGUGUAAUUGUGUUGCUGAAGCAAUUCGACGCGUCACUGCUCUUCGGAAGUUGGCAACACAGCAAGAUGGAGAUUUUACAAUGGUUCAAAACAAUGAAGUCAAGUGGGCAAAACUUUUUAUGGAAUUCAUCAUUGGAACUGCGUAUUGUCAGUCUACAAAGUGUCAAGGUUUUCUAUUUUUUACAUUAUGUGCUUUAAAGUUAGGAUAAAAUUAUUUAAUUCUGAAGUGAGCCAUGUUCUAUUGAAAAGAAACGAUCUUUAUUAACAUCGUUAGUAUUCUGAAAAAAUAAUGCAAUAUCAGUUAAUUUUUUUAGGGUGGCAUUAUUUUAAAUUUCCACGAGAAGGGGUUUCAACCACAGACAAAAUACUUCUGAAAUUUUAAAACUAAUAAUUUGGACCUUUUCCCAAUUACGAGAAAAUUAACUUUUUCACAGACUAUCAAAUUCAGCAGUUUUUUUCAGCCCACUCCGACGAUAUGAUUUGGUAUGUUCACCAGGCGAAACUCUCCAAUUCCUUUUACAUUCAAGGGAAUCAAAGCUUGUUGCAAGUUUUUCGUCGACACAGCAAAAACCAACCAACGCCUUGCGAUGACAGCUACAACUGGGAGGAGACUGUUUGCCUGAACAUAAUCAUGCAACAGAUUGACUUUUAUGUUACCUGUGCCGUUUGCACAAAAACUGGACCUCAAAAUUUGCAAAUUAUUCGCAAAAACUGUCAGCGUGUAUUCCCAUCCCCGAGUCGUCGUCGUAUGGAUAGUAAAGGAGAGAAUGAAGAGAUUACAUAUCCUAAAUUAUAUUUUGCAAUUGACGGUUUUGAAGAGGUUUUUAACGACGUAAUUGUGCGUGACGGAGAGUGUGUAUGUGUUGAACUGGUUGCACGUGAUCGCCAGAAAACUCGAGAGUCCGUUGUCUUUCUCGGAUCAAUACGAUAUGAAAUUCUGAAACAAGUGUAUGACACUAAAGCUUCUUCGACGUGGCAGUGGGCACAAAAGUUGAUGAAAGUAGGCGAUCGACGUCAAGAAUUUGUACGAAUGCGCGGUCCGCAGGGCAAAGGAUAUGCGGAAAUGGCGGUGGCAAGAGUGCCCAACUGCGGAUACGAAACGCCGCUCACCGAAAAUCCUAUUGACUUUUCUGAGUUGGCAGGAGUAGAACAGUCACUUGGAAAACGUCGAAUGUCAGAGACAAAUCUUGCCGGCGGAACACGGAUGUUCCCUUCUCGUUCAAUUGCCACUCCAUCUCAUUCAUCGCGGGGAAGACGUUGGCAAAGUGAGGCGGACACUGUGAACCAAUACCCCGAAGUUGAGGGAAGCAAUAUCGACGACGAACUUGACGAAGGCCCAACGAACAAGCUCUGGUCGAUGCGAGGUUUUGCGCAAGUUUGGCAUGGACUUCGAGAGAAGAAACGCGCAGAGUGCACACCACUGAAUGCAUUUUUGACCUACGUCACACUGCCCUGGAACAGUAUUUUAAAUGAUCUUCUGAGUGAACGACAAAAACGUCCGAUUUUGACGUUCGAGUUUGAUGCACCAGCUCAUAAUCACGAUUAAUGAUUUCAGAAAUACUAAAAACUCAUUUCACCUAGCCCUCGCAUGAAAAAUAAUCUGGAAAUAUUGUUCUGAAUAUUUUAUUGUUUUCUCAUCUAUCUGUAACUAUCAAUGAUUUUCCCAACACUUUUCAGUUUAAAUUACUUUCUCAGUCUUUUCAUUUACACUAAAGUUCAGUUCAUCAUUUUCUUCGUUCAUCUCAUUAUCAACCGAUCUCUUUCCUAUUUUCUUCCAUUCUUGUCAGUUGUUUAAAGUCAA